CUUUGUUAUUCCAAACACUCAUCACAAACAAAUUCAAACAAUAUUCCCCAACGAAAAACAAUAUCCCCCAAAAUCUUGGAAGAAUCACAAGUACAAGAGCAUGGACGGAGCAAGAUCAAAAUUUAAAAGCGUAUGUGUUUUCUGCGGUAGUAGUGUUGGUAAAAGAGACUGUUACAGAGAUGCAGCUCUUGAGUUAGGCCAAGAACUGGUGAAAAGAAAACUGGAUCUUGUUUAUGGUGGAGGGAGUGUAGGGCUAAUGGGGUUGGUUUCAAAGGAGGUUCACAAUGGUGGUGGCCAUGUUCUAGGGAUUAUUCCCAAAACUCUCAUGUGCAAAGAGAUAACGGGUGAAACAGUAGGAGAAGUAAAGGUAGUAUCUAAUAUGCAUCAAAGGAAAGCUGAGAUGGCCCGUCAUUCCGAUUGCUUUAUUGCUUUACCAGGUGGAUAUGGAACAUUGGAGGAAUUAUUGGAGGUUAUUACGUGGGCCCAACUCGGUAUUCAUGACAAGCCUGUGGGAUUGCUGAACGUGGACGGUUACUAUAACUCGUUGCUUACCUUCAUUGACAAGGCGGUAGAUGACGGAUUCAUUAUGCCAGCUCAACGUCACAUUAUUGUCUCCGCCCCAAACGCAAAAGAUCUUGUACAGAAACUCGAGGAUUACGUACCAAUGCAUGAUGGAGUGGUGGCAAAGGCAAGAUGGGAGGCUGAACAAGUGGAGUUAAACGCUUCUUUGCACACCGAGUUAGCCAGAUGAUAAAAUGACAAAUUUAGCCCUUCACUUUUCUUUUUCCGUACAGUUUCAAGGGGUAUUCUUGGAAGAGUAAAAUUGUAAUUAACCAGGCUAAAUCCUGGAAUUCCUUUUUGUAAUUAUGGGUAUAAGAAAGAUAUUACAUAGACAUCACAAAUAAAUGUUUGAUAACAAGUUUAGUAUAUAAUUAGAAUUUUGACU